AUGUGCCCACACCCACACAUCGCCAGGACCACGAUACCCACACCCCACGACCCCCCUUCCACCCCACCACACUCACACCACUCACACCUACUUCCAUCCAUCUGUGUUUGCCGAUUCCCAUAUAAAGACCGCGUGUGUUUGGUGCUACUGAAGGCUUAUAUUGUAGUGUUUGAUGGCCCGAUAGUAGAUCGCAACACCCCGACCCCUCAGAUAUACCUCUCGUCUCUCCUCGUCCGGGAAACAGAACCCACGUCGCCACCGGGCAAAGCCUUAACUAUCCCUUCAGAAACAAAACGCAUGGACGCUCUCGGUAAACCAUACCAUACCCACUCACAACCGCCCGUCGUCCCAGUGGACGCCGAAUCGCACUUCCGCCACCCUACAAGAUCGGUAUCUCCCAUAAGAUCCCUCAUCUCCCUCACCUCCGACUGGGCUAGUCAUGUUCGCGUCCCAUUCUCAAUCUCGUCCCUCGGGCGGCCGGCUCCCCCCAUCUCUGUCGUGCUCGGGCUCUCCCUCCCCCACACGGAUCUCCCCUCGUAUAUCUCGCGCUCUAGUGCCAGCUCCCGCGCCCCUCUAAUCCUAAAAUAUCCUAACAACGUGGCUGGAAAAGAAUUAAGACUCUGUAGUACUAGAAGACUCAGCCAAGCAUCCUCACCCUCCCACCGGUCUGGAACGACAGUGUCUGCCUCGCUGCUCAAUGCGUUCUCCCUUGCACGGCUUUACAUUUCGUACCGGUCACCUGUUACUGUCCCGUGCACCUUUGACGGUUCUACCGGUACACCUUUACUGGCGCACCCAAUUAAGACCAAAGCACAGUCCCUACAGCAGCGACAGGCAAUCAAAUCCGGCAUGGGGCAACCCGUGACACGGACAGUACCAAUCAAUCGUCCCAUGCGGCUUCCUGUCAACCGUGCCAAAGAACAAGUAGCCAUGAAAGAAACGCCCAGGACACAGCGAAAAGCAUCACUAUACAACCCCCGACUACCCCCACACCAGCACCACACCCUCUACUCACCCCCAUGCAACACCACCACCACACCCACCACCAACCCCCCACCCAUAAUGGUUCCCCUCACCAACCACACCCAGACAAAACCAUACACCACCCCGCCAACACCACUUCCACACCACCAAAAAACAGUGCUCAAAAUAAACAACUACAAAAAUGCCACUACCACAGAACAAGAACCAGGCCGCUACAACUAA